AGCGGCGACGGCUGACUGUGGUCGUUGCCGGGCCGACCCAGCCGUCCGCUUUUGUUCCGGCUUUCGGUGACGCUGUGGCGUGAACUGACCUCGCUCGGGUGCAGCCGGCGGGCGGCGGACGCCUGGUCCAGUCCGGUCCCGACAACGCUGUGGGCAUGUUCUCGCGCGCGCGGCGUGAAGUGCUCUUGACAUCGGGCAGCAGAGGGACGCUCACGCAAGAUGCUGUCUCCUCCAGGUGGCUCCGGCACCCCAGCGGCGGCAGCGCCAUGCCUUCCUCCGUGGUCAAGAAGGAGACCAAGACGUACACCAAACGCUCACCAGAUGAGCCCGGCGUGGAGAUCAUCACGACCGAGACGACGGAGACGAUGGAAGAUGGCUCCACGCUGACCACGGUCAAGACGACGAAGAAGGGGACCGGCCUCGACACAUUCCACAAGGAGACCAAGAAGGCGCUCGAGGACAGCAAGCACGGAAGCCGGCGCCGGUCCUCGUCGUCCUCGUCGAACGAGGGUCACGGUCGUCACCACCGGCGGCACCGCAGCCGCAGCUCCAGUGCUGAGAAGAAGAAGGGCGGUCUCCUCUCCCGGUUCAGGCGCAGCUCAAAGUCGCGCAGUCCCAGCCCAAAGGCGUCCAGCAAGGCCAAGAAGGAGUCCAAGUCGAAGCACCGGCACCGCAGCAGCAGCAGCGGCAGCUCCAGCGACGACGACGCUCACUUCGAGGAGGACUGCAUCCAGGCGCACAACGAGUACCGCAAGAAACACAACGUGCCGCCACUGGAGCGCAGCAGGAAGCUGACGAAGUCUGCCAGAGAAUGGGCAAAACAGCUAGCGAAAGAUGAUAAAAUGUCGCACCGCAAGGACAGCUCGGACGGCGAAAACAUCUACUGCAAGUGGUCCAGUAACCCAAAACACAAGGUGAAGGGACACGAGGCGGUCGAGUCGUGGUACGCCGAGAUCAAGGACCACAACUUCACGUGCGAGCCUACCCCCGGGGUCCUCCACAGCGGCCACUUCUCGCAGGUGGUGUGGCUGAGUUCGCGCCAGAUCGGCGUCGGCAAGGCGCGCUCCAAGUCCGGCCGCGUCUACGUGGUGGCCAACUACUCGCCGGCCGGCAAUUUCCUUGGCGAUUACUGCGACAACGUGCCGCCACUGGGCGGCUUCCCCGCUGGCUUCAAGCCGAAGCGGGAGACGGCACGGGUAGAAAAGAAGACCAAGAAGAAGAACCGCAGCGCCAGCAGCGGCAGCAGCAGCGACAGCAGCUCGGACGAAGAGGAGUUUGCCGAGCAGUGUCUGAAGGCGCACAACGUUUACCGGAGGAAGCACGGCGUGCCGGCGCUGAAGCUCAACAAAAAGCUCUGCGAGUACAGCCAAGAAUGGGCGAGAACUAUGGCCAGCAAGGACACGAUGGAGCACCGGCGGGACAAGAAGUACGGCGAGAACAUCUUCUGCGUGUGGAGUGAUGACCCCAAGUUUAAGGUGGGCGGUCAGGAGGCCGUCGACAGCUGGUACAACGAGAUCAAGGACCACAAGUUCGGCAGGGAACCCGAACCGGGCGUCAUCAAGUCUGGUCACUUCUCCCAGGUCAUCUGGAAGGACAGCAAGGAGCUCGGAAUUGGCAAGGCGCGGUCCAAGAGCGGCAAGAUCAUGGUGGUGGCUAACUACGACCCGGCCGGAAACUUCAUUGGGGAAUUCGCCAAAAAUGUUCCCGAAUGUUAGGACAGCGGUGGAUCCAGGAGAGAUGGUGGCCAGCGCCGUUCCAGCGGGUGGAAUGAAUGGGGAAGAGACCGACCGCUCCCUGCGGACGGAACUGCAACAGCUGUAAUUGGACAGACGCACCUAGUGUUGUCACGUGAUGAUGGCAUGGCGAAACAUCGCCGGAUCAGGUGGAGAUUAGGGCAUUCUGAGGCGUUCCAGCCAGCGUGCGUUGAGAUGCAUGCGAUAUGAAAACGUCAAGUUGUCAUCGUAUUGUUUGGAGAGUUUUGCAGCGAGCGUUCGGAAUUGGUUCAUGUAUCAAGUGCUUGGGGCUAGGGAUGUUGUCCAGAAACUUCGCUUCCGUAAGACUGAAUUCCAGUGUUGCCUGUGCGUGUCUAUCAAGCCGUUCUUGUCAGCGUUGGCUGUUCGGAGAACAUAUUUAUCUAGGUAGAAUGUACGAACAUGUGACCAAUAAAAUAUUCCAGCUUUGUUUAUAUGCCGUGCGCAGGGACUUCAGUGAUGUUUACACAGCUGCGUAUAUACGAGCUAGCAGAAAAUUGUGCUUGGGUGUAAUCGAAGAAAACGACGGCUUUUUAACUGGUGAAGCAUAUGUACAAUCAGGAGGUUCUGACUGCUCCAACACUGAGGCCAGACAUGUCAAAUAUCGAAAGUCUGGUGCGCUCAGGAAGGACCGUGUCGUCCUCAUGCUUACUUGAUGAUGUCUGGUUUUGGUUUUAAAUAAACAAUAUUGUUUGGCG